AUGUUGAUAGCGGAAUUGUCCUCCAUAAUGCAGAACCCUCCUGCUACUUUUCAGAUUGUUGCAAGUGAUCUCAGAGUUGGGGUGAAUCAUUUAGCUCUUGACGAGGAACGCAUUCGACAGGAACAGUUCUUCGAAGGCAUUCUCGAUCUUCAACAACGCAUUUCUCAGAAUCCAGAUUAUCAGGAACGAUACAGUGAUGAGGUAGAGGAUCUGAAGAACAAAAUUCGACUGAAUGCUGAUGCUCUCAGUUACUUGAAGAGUAUAACCAAACUUGAACUUCCACUAACGGACCUAACAAACAAGAUCACGCAGGCUGCAAUCGAUGCUGCUUCUCCAAGUUCUGCAUCUUCAUCAGUUUUUGCUAAUAAGUUUCACCACAUGGCAAACGAGGUCGACGCUCACAUCGACAAGAUGAUCGAAAUGGCAGAAACAAAAAUGAUUCGUUUUGACCCUCAAGGGACCGUCGACGAGUCCAUCAUGCUUGCCAAAGAACUCGAG